AUGACUACAACAGCUCCAGCCCCCCAGGUGUAUGGAGGCGAUGAGGUGGCGACCCUGGUGAUCGACACCGGGUCGUCGUACACUCGAGUCGGAUACGCCGGAGAAGAUACCCCCAAACUGGUGGUUUCCACAGAGUGUGGACUGAUGGCAGACGAGGAUGUCGAGAUGGAGGACGAUACAAGCAACACAACCAAAAAAUUAAACAAGUACAAGGUUGGCGACUCCGCCAAUCUGCCACUGCCCAACAUGGAGGUGCUUCAUCCUCUUACCGACGGGAUUGUGGCUGAUUGGGACGCGGUGCAGAAUAUUUGGGAAUACUCGCUGGCUCGACUCAAUGCCGACACAAAGACACACCCAUUGAUGCUGACGGAGCCGUGCUGGAACACGCAGGCCAACAAGCUCAAGGCGCUUGAAAUCGCGUUCGAGAGCCUCGAGGUCCCGGCAUCGUACUUGGUCAAGGACGCUGUGGCUUCUGCGUUUGCUGCAGGAAAGGGAAACGCACUGGUACUGGAUGUAGGAUCUGAAGUGGCUUCUGUGACACCUGUCAUUGAUGGAUUGGUGCUUUACAAGCCCGCGCGACGGUCACAGUACGCUGGAGACUAUUUGGAUAGACAGAUUAAAAAGGUGCUUGUUUCACGAGGAAUCGAUCUCACUCCUCGGUUCGAGAUUAAGAACAAGAAGGCUGUGGAGAUGGGUGAGCCACCUGUGUUCACCAAGCGGGAGCUUCCCAACGUCACUCAUUCCUUCACUGAUCUGCAGGUGUCUCGUAUUCUCUCUGAGUUCAAGGACUCCAUGUGUCAGGUGAACGAUGUUCCCCUGACUCCAGAAAUCUCUGGUGAAGCCGCCGACCGGGUCUUCGAGUUCCCCACGGGCUACAGCACAACUUUCGGAGCAGACCGUCUGUCUACUUCUGAGAGCUUAUUCAAGCCCAGUGAGUACCCUUUUGACGGAGAGACUGUGCCAGAUACUGCGCGGGGACUCAGUGAGAUGGUGGUGGACACAAUCAACGCUUCCAACGUGGAUGUGAGGGCUCACCUGGCUAACAACAUUGUUAUCACUGGUGGAGGGUCGCUGGUUCAGGGUCUCAGUGAUAGAGUCAGUAAGGACGUGACCCAGGCCCUGAGUGGUCUUAAGGUCCGAGUUGCUGCUGCUUCCAACCAGGAGGAGCGACGACACGGUGCUUGGAUUGGCGGUUCUGUUUUGGGCAGCCUGGGAUCGUUCCAUCAGCUGUGGGUCAGCAAACAGGAGUGGCAGGAGAAGGGAGGAGACUAUUUGGUCGAAAAGAAGCGGUUCAAGUAA